GUCGCUUUUAACAAUAAUCAGGGCUAUCACAGGAUCCAUCGUAGCUUCGAUUUUCGUAAAAUCUACGAAAGUGCUAUCACAGAAUCCGAAUAGCUACGAACGUAAAAUCGAAAUUCGUAGAGAGCCUUCAUUGAUUCCGUUCGUAAUGAAGAUUCGUACAGAUACUCUACGACAAGUUUACGCUGUCGGAGCAAAGAAUAAAAUCACUGAAUCUUAAAAAUAAUGAAAAAGGUGCUGUGAGAAAUUAGUAUGAUUCUUAUUGUGUUAAGUAUGUCCAAUCAUUUGUUAUUUUUACUCAGUCAGUCCUUUGUAAUAGUCAUUCAGUCUGUCGUUUGUAAUAGUCAUUCAGUCGGUCUUGUAAUAGCUUAAGUUUUGGAUUUGCUAAAUAAAUUUACAACCCUGUGUUCUACUUUCGCUUUGCUCUGUUUCGCGAUCCCGCUAAUUGAAUUGCCAUAUAAAUUCGGGCAACGGCACAAAUUGUCAUCCAUCACGCGAGCAAACCGAGGGUAGAACACUGGAAAAUAAACUUGCGCAAGUGCGCAUGUUAAACCAAAAUCUCGGUGUCGUGAUAGGCUUUAUUUUCCAUUUUACUUGUUCUUCGCCGAAGUAUACACGCUAAUUUGCCGCCAUUUCGUCAACGAGUGUGCUAGUUUGCCGCCAUUUAGCCAUUCGCUAUUUCACAAGAAAGCGACUGCCGACUUUGUGCCAAUUUUAACUGGCAGUAUUUAAAGCGAGGGAUCACAUUUGUCAUAGCACUCAAAUUUGUCGUUUGAUCAUCAAAUUAUAAGGACUUUGGAAUGGAGCGUUCGCCUGUACGCCGGAGUAAGCGCAAUCAGCCAGAAGGCCUAGUGGCUGCCAUUCAAUCGUCAGGCAGCUUAGCGAAGAUCGCCGCCACGUCCGCUAAAGCUGCCGAACACCCUAGCGCUCCACCGCCCAGUGCCAUGAAACUUAGUGGGCCGGGCACUCAGCCGUCCAGUGCUCUGCCAACCAAUGCCUCGACAUUCAGCGCCCCGCAGUCUAGCGCUCCGCCGUCUAGUGCUUCGGCAUUCAGCACCUCGCAGUCUAGCGCUUCGUCAUUCGUCACUCCGCAUUCUAGCGCUCCGCCGUCUACUGGUUCCACAUUCAUCGCCCCGGAGUCUAGCGCUCCGCCGCCGAGUGCCAUAAAACUUAGUGGGCCGGGCACUCCGCCGUCCAGCACUCCGCCAAUUAAUGCCUCAGCAUUUAGCGUCUCGCCAGCUAACGCCCUGCCAUCCAGCGUUAUGCCACCUCCUGCGCCAGCGUAUAGCGCUCCAUUGACUGGCGCUUCGCGACACAGAGAUCCGCAACAUAGCAUUCAGCAGUUCAACGUGCCAUCAUACACAGCGAAGCCAUCUAGCGCUCUACCAGCCAGCGGUCUGCAAGCAAGUAUAUUCGACCAGACUCACCAGGUAAGCGAUUUUACAUCAAAUCCUAUACAUGUCAAUGCCAACCCGAACGCUGCCGCCUCAGUCGGCGUCUCUGCUAGCGUCAACCUCGCCACUAGCGAAUUCGCCCCUGUAAUUGCCACAACGAUGGCGCCAACUGCCCUUGUAAAUGCCACAACAACGAUGCCUACUGCCACUGUAAAUGCUUUAGCCCCGUCACAGAUGGACAUUCUUUAUAUAAUGCAGCAACAAAUAAGCAUGUUAGAACUACAACUUAAGUUUGCUCAGGCCCAAAUAUCUGAAGGCGAACGCCAGCGUAUUGCAACAGUACCACCACAUUCGACGCCGCCUGUAGCCUCGGCUACCCAGCCGACGUAUAUUUAUGCCCAUGCAAAUGGUAGUAUAUCAGCUUUACCACAUGCGCCUAUUACUACAAAUAGGAGCUCUGUUGACCCUCUCAACGGGCAGCCAGCCACCUCUGUGCAACAUAGUUGCCACGCGAUAGCAGCCGAUAGGCAGCCAGCCUCCCAUAACCCUAUCGACCCUCUUAAUGGGCAGCCAGCCACCUCAGUGCAAUGUAGUCGUCACCUCAUUGCGACAAACACGCAGCCAACGCCUCAAACUAUUUUUGAACCGGGGUCGUCUGACGAAAUAGCGCAAUAGGGGUCAAUCCAUCAUUAGUUAAC